ACCCCGCUGCCUCCCGAGUGUCAAAACAAAAACCCUAAUUCCGGCUCCGUGCCUCGCCUGUGAAACUUGAAAACUAGCCUCUUCGAUCCGGAUCGGCUAUUGCUGACGAUGAGGACCGCGUGGAGGGAGCUCUCCCGGCGCUACCUCGCUCUCGCCGCACCCCGCGCUUCCGCCGUCGAGCUUUCCGGCCUCCAGGUGAGCGCUCCGCGACUCCAAGACUCCUCCUUUCGCCUCCCGUUUCUCGGUAGGAACCGCCUUCUUCCGAACCACCCUGCAGUCCGCUGGUUUUCGGCGGACGCCGCUGGUUCAGAUGGCAUUGAAGCAGAGCUGGCGUCCCUUGACCUCUCAUUCAACGGGGAGACAAUGGGUUUGGUGCUUCGUGAUCUCAGAAGCGCUGGUUCCGUCUCGGAGGACGGCAAUAUUCGGAUGGAUUCAAAAGCCUUGAAUCGGAUGCUCGAAACGCUUGGAACCAACGGGCGGCCAGAGGAAUUCUGGCGUGUGGUCGAGAUCAUGAGAAAGAAAGCGUUCGGUAUCACUAAAGAUACAUACUUAGCCGUCUCCAAGAGCUUUGAGGAGGAGAAGAGGGUAAAAGACGCCGAUUUGUUGCGUAAAACAUACUCUUUGAACUGUGAACUCAGUAAGAUUCUUCAGGAAAUUGAAUCGGGUGAGUUCCUUAACAAGGAACCAUAUAAGACCAGUAUCAUCUUACCAUCUGAAUUGGACACUGAGUUCCUGGAAUUCUUUACCCGACGUCCAGGGAAAGCUCUUCCAUUUUUAGAGUGGGUUGAGAAGACGGCACCCUCCAAGCUUAAUGGUAGAGUUUAUAAUGCUAUGGCCAGAAUUUUGGCUAAAAAAAAUCGCAGAGAGUUUCAGGAUCUUCUCUGUAAGAUGAGAGAUCAGGGUCAUGAAUUGGAGAAGAAAACAUACAUUGAGAUCUCACGACGUUUUUACCGCAGGAAGAUGAUUGCAGAAUCUGUGGGUUUGUAUGAAUUUGCAAUGGAAGGCUCAGAGAAACCUUCACAGAAGGAUUUCUUGUUUCUCCUUAAAAAUGUUAUAGUGGGUGAGAAUCUAGACUUUGAUUUGAUUACUAGGCUUGUUCAGAGUUUUGUAGCUGCUGGGAAUUCUAUUGAGAAAUCAGUUUUCGAUAGGGUUAUUAAAUCACUAAGGAGAUCGGGUGAGUGUGAUAAGGUGUUAAAAGCCAUGGAAGAGGGUGGAUUUGCAGCUGAUAGUUCUGUACAUGUUCAGGUAGUCAGGGGGCUUUCAAAUGCUGGAAGAUUAGAUGAAGCCCGCCAGUAUCUGAUCAACACUGAAAAUGAAGAUGGCGGGAAGGGAUGGCCAUAUUUAGUUCGAAAGUACUUGAUAGCUGGCCAACUAGAACAAGCAUUGGCCUUGUUUAAGAUGCUGAUAGAAAAAAAGGGUGGUGAAUCUGUCGGAAGAACCUUUGAAGCAUUGAUUACCGGAUUUUGCCGCAAGGAAAGAUCAAACGAAGCGCAAAUGUUGCUCAAAGAGAUGGCAACUGAGAGAAAUAUAAGAUUUCAGCAUAUCACUUACAGGCGACUGAUUCAAAAGCUGGUCGAUCAAGGACACCUUGGAGUAGCUUGUAGCAUUAUGGAACUGAUGAAAGGUCAUGGGUUUCCUCCUUAUAUCGACCCAUUCAUUAAGCAUAUGUCCAAGUCAGGAACUGUGGAUGAUGCUAUGAAGUUUCUGAAGGCCAUGACAGUGAAGGAAUUCCCUUCUAAGAAUGUGUUUUUGCGUGUUUUUAAAGCACUUCUCGCGGCAAGGCGACAUGAAGUGGCGUACAGUAUCUUAUCGAAAUCUCCUGCUUGGGUUCGAAAUCAUGCAGAUGUCUUGGAUCUGUUCCACACUAUGAAACCAGGCAAAGCCCCUGCUAUAGCUGCUUAGAUCAUACACUGCGGUUUCAAAUUGCUGUGCUUCCUUUAAAGCCUUGGCAUUUCAUUCAGUAAUGUCUUUGCUGCUGAUUUAGUAUGGCUCUUUAAAAACUAAUGUUGUGGAUUGAGAGUCAAAUUUAAUACGAUUAGCUGAUUGUGAGUUGUUCACAAUUUUAUUUAUCA